CUUCUGGGGCGGUUCGGUGUCCUUGGUUAUAACGUUAGCGGUUCGGUUCUCUCACUUUCUUUAAGGAGCAUUGGGUUUUUCUAGCGCGUAAGAUCAUGCAUUCGAGCCAAAAAGUGAAUUGCAUGAGUGAUGGUGCUGCUGGAAAUGUAGGCAGAUGCGUUAAAGGUGACGCGGAUUCGGACAGACCUGCUGGCGAAGACUCACUGAUGGUGGCCGAAGAGAGACAUCCGAGAACCGGCAGUCCGCGCGGCGCUAACUGGGAUGAUGACUCUGAAGCGGAGGCACACUUGGACGGGCGUAACGUGGAUGUGGACCCGGAUACUAGAAGGAGGGCGUUCACCUGGUGCCGAGACUUUCUGUCCGGGUCUUGGAAGACUAUAUCAGAACCUGACUUUCGGAUCAAAAUAGUAAGUGGAGGACUCAGUAACCUGCUGUACAUGUGCAGUUUACCAAACGAUGUUCAGCCUGUCGGGACCGAACCUCGAAGAGUUCUGCUCCGGAUCUACGGGGCCAUUCUGCAGGGAGUGGAUUCUCUUGUUUUGGAAAGUGUGAUGUUUGCCAUUUUAGCAGAGAGAGAGUUGGGCCCACGUCUCUAUGGCAUUUUCCCAGAAGGCCGUCUUGAGCAGUACUUGCCUAGUGAUCGUUUGCGUACGGAGCAGUUGGGGUUCCCAGAGAUCUCGGCUGAAAUAGCCAGUAAGGUGGCACGAUUCCACGGCAUGGAGAUGCCAUUCAACAAAGAACCCAAAUGGCUGUUUGGAACGAUUGACAGGUACAUGGAGCAAGUUAAAACAAUAAAAUUUGUGCGUGAAGCUCACAUCAAGAAAUUUAACAAGCUGAUGAAGUAUGAUCUUCCUGCAGAACUGGAGAGUCUGAGGUCACUGCUGGCAGCUACUCCCUCUCCCGUUGUGUUCUGCCAUAAUGAUGUACAGGAAGGGAAUAUCCUUAUGUUGGAUGGCCGAGAGAAUUCAUCUGACAAACUAAUGCUUAUUGAUUUUGAAUACAGCAGCUAUAACUACAGAGGCUUUGAUUUUGGAAAUCAUUUCUGUGAAUGGAUAUAUGACUACACAUAUGACCAGUGGCCCUUCUACAAGGCAAAGGUGGAGAAUUACCCUGACAGACAACAGCAGUUACAUUUUAUCAGACACUAUCUGUCAGAAAGGGGGGGAACUGCACCUGCAGACCAAGCCACGAUAGAGGAGGACAUGAUCAUUGAGGCGAACCGGUUUGCCCUUGCGUCUCAUUUCCUCUGGGGUCUGUGGUCCAUUAUUCAAGCCAAGAUCUCCAAAAUCGAGUUUGGAUACAUGGACUACGCACAGCACAGGUUUGACACAUACUUCAAACAGAAGAAGCUCAUUUCCUAAAUGGCACUCACAGAGUGUGCUUCAGGAUAUCAUUUUGCAUCACGUAUACUGUUUAGGUAUUGAUUCUUUUUU